AUGGGCAACACACCUAUGACAAUAACUCCUAUUAAAAAUUUGAAUCCCUUCCAACCAAGGAGGAUCAUCAAGGGUCGUGUCCUAGUGAAGGAGGACAUCUACCACUAUGAUACAACAAAAGAAAGCGAACAGGUUUUUAGCUUUGAUGUUGUAGAUAGUGAAAGUACUGAAAUACAUGUUACGUGUUUCAAUGAACUAGCAAAAACCUAUUAUGAUAACAUCCAAGUUGGCGUGACAUACACAUUAUCUGGGGAGGCAAUAAAGCCGACCAAUAAAAUUUACAACAAACUCAACAGUGGACUAGAAAUAACCUUGGUAGAUGAUUCAAAGGUUAUUGCUUGCAAUGAUGAUUCUUCCAUACCCAAGCACAGAUUCAUUUUCACAACUCUUGAUCAAGUAGCUAGCAAAAAUAACAGCUCAACCAUUUAUGUCAUUGGAAUUGUCAUUAGUGUCGAUCUGAGCUCAACGAUAAGGAGAAGGGAUGGUACAAAGGUUCCUAGGCAUACCAUUAAGUUAGUGGACAUGACUCGAACAACCAUCUAUAUUACACUAUGGGGUACAAUGGCAGAAAAGGAAGGUACUGAACUCCAACGAAGACAUUAUUUACAAGAAACAACUACUCUUGCUAUCAAGAGUGGCUGUGUAUGUGAAUUUGAUGGAAAGGUAAUACGUACAACAUUUAAUAUAGGCCUCUUCAUAGACCCUCCUAUUGAGGAAUUGACCCAGCUAAAAGAUUGGUUCAACCAGAAUGUUGACAUUGGACAAGAAAUUGUGCAUCAGCUUGCUGCACCCACUCCAUCCCUCAAAGAAUGA